AUGCUUCAGAGGCAUGUCACGUUGCUCUUUGCUUGCGUAGCGACGCUGUCUGCCGGCACCAACUACGCGAUCUCCUCCUACCUCCCUCAGCUCGGCAGCGAGCUCCACCUCUCAUCCGUGCAACAGAACAUCGUCUCGGGGGCAGGGAACGCGGGCGUGUACUUGUCUGGACCGUUAGUGGGACCGCUUGUCGACAGGAAAGGACCCCGGCUUGUCCUCAGCUUGUCAGCGAUAGCCCUCCUGGUCGGGUAUCUAGGUCAAGCAGUGGUGUACGACGGCGGCUACGAGGGCAUCUAUGCGCGAGUCGGCCUGAGCGGUCUCGCGGCCUGUCAAUUCGCAGCAGGGAUUGGCGGGUCCGCAGCGCUGUCUGCCUCGCUCAAGGCGACGAGCCAGAGCUUUUCGAAGUCGAGUCGAGGAGCGGCAAUGGCGACCGUCCUGAGCUGCUUCGGCCUCUCCGCAUUCUUCUACUCGUCCCUCUCCCACGCCAAUCUCGCUCGCUCCGACGAUCCGACCUACGGCUUCCUCCUCACGCUCGCCUUCGGCUGUUCGAUCUCCAUGUCGCUCGGCGCACUCUUCGUUCGCCUUCCAGCGAUGGCCGUUGAGCCAGCCUCCGGUGCCGCAACGCACAGCCGGUGCGAGUAUCUCGCCGUCAGCACGACGGACGACUUGGACAGUCCGCCGAGACGCGACUUUGCGCUUGAAUCCGACAUCUCGCUUCGCUCGAACGUCGUCGACAAGGCGAUGCCGGCAAGGCCGCUCAGUCGGCGAACGGGAAGCUCGAGCCCGCUCUUGCAGGACGAGGCGAAGUCGAUGCGGCAUAGCGCAGGCGACCUAAACGUUUCAGGCUGGGACUUGCUGCAAGAGUCGGACUUCUGGCGGCUCUUUGCAUAUCUUGCGUUGUGCUCGGGAAUUGGCCUGAUGUACAUCAACAACCUCGGAACCGUCGUCACGACACUCGCGUCGCCGGAUGAGGACCCGAAGUCGGUCGCGCGAUCGCAAGCGCACCUCGUCGCCCUCCUCUCCAUCUUCAACUGCGCAGGUCGCCUCCUCGUCGGCUUCCUCGCUGACACAUUCACCCAUCACGCACCCGAGCGAGUCCGCUUCGCCCGCAUCUGGUGGCUCGUCGCAACGGCUACGGGAUUCGCCCUCUCGCAAAUCCUUGCAGGCCAAGCGGAGCGCGUCGAGGGUCUCGGCGGUCUCGCGCUCCCGACAGCAGCUCUCGGACUCGCCUACGGCUCGCUCUUUGGCAACAUGCCGGUCGUCUGCCUCGAGCGGUUCGGAGGGGCAUCGUUCGCGACCAACAACGGCUUGCUCACCAUGAGUCCAAGCUUUUCAGCGCCAUUCGUGAACCUGCUGUUCGGCGCCGUCUACGACUCGCACGUCUCGCCCGACGAACCCGCCUCCACCCCUUCCUCCUCCCUCAUCCGCCGAGCAGGCUCAGCACCUCCCGCCCAUCUCUGCACACUCGGGAAGGAGUGCUUCGCGACCGCCUUCCGCGCCACAACCUUCAUCAGCCUCGUCGCACUCGGACUCGCAAUCGUGUUGGCGUUCAAGCGAACCUUCAAGCCGGUGUACCAUCAGUAG